AUUUACGGACUAGUGCCAUCGCCUACCUACACGUUCGCUGGGCCUCCUUUUCCCCUCGCCGUCCUCAGACCGACGCGCACCGCCGCCUCCCAUCAGCAUCUCCUUACGCUGCCGCCGCCUAACUCUCUCCCUGUGCCGGAGGCCCAGCUCCCCGUAGCGUCUCGUGUUCCACCCCUUGAAUGACUCCAGCCUCCGACUGCACGCGCGAAGCCCUCCUUCGAACUCGACAUUGACACCGACCCCAUCGGCACCGGCACUGGCGCCGGCGAGGCGAGGCGAGGCGACCAGCCGAGUGUCACUUCCUCGAAUUCGUUCAGAUCGUAACUAGGUCCUGACAGCGAACCCCUGUCUAGCUAGUUGCCUCGCCCUCUCCCUGCGCCGUUGAGAGCGAGGAGGAGGAGGAGGAGGAGGCGAUGGGGACCAUGACAAUCGGUGCCAAGUACAAGGCCACGCUCAAGGACCGCGGCACCGGCGGCGUCCUCCGCAUGAGUGAAGAUAAGUUCACAUUUACCCCUAAUGAUCCACGCUCACUAAUGAAGCUCAGUGUCGAUUUUCAAACCAUCAAAGGCCAUAAGUUCAACAAAGUAGAUGGUAGCAAACCAACACCGGCGUUAUUGAAUCUUUCAAAAGAUUCUGACAAGGGGGGAGGCUAUAUUUUUGAGUUUGACAAUGUUGGUAACCGUGAUUUGUGUCGUGACUUUGUAGCUAGGGUUUUAGGCAAAUAUCAAGGUACUGUGCCUGCUAGACCAAAUGUACCUCCUGAAUUAUCAGCUGUGUCAACUGGUCCAGAACAGCUCAGUUCUGCCGAAAUGGAACGUCGAAUGAAAUUGCUACGAGAAGACAGUGAACUGCAGAAGUUACAUAAGAAGUUUGUGCUUGGCAAUAUUCUCCAAGAGUCUGAAUUUUGGGCAACAAGAAAGAAUUUACUUGACGAUGAAACAAGCAAAGGAUCAAAACAAAAGCCAGGUUUCAAAAGUGCCAUGCUAGCUGAUGUUAGGCCAUCAGCUGAUGGACAGACAAAUAAGGUUACUUUCAGUCUGACUACUGAGAUUAUCCAUCAGAUUUUUGCAGAAAAGCCAGCCGUGCAUCGGGCAUUUUUAGAUUAUGUCCCGAAGAAGUUGUCAGAAAAGGAUUUUUGGACAAAAUACUGUAGAGCUGAGUAUCUGCUUAGGACAAAAAAUACUCUAGCGGCAAAAGCUGAAGCUGCUGAAGAUGAGGAAUUAGCCAUGUUUUUGAAAAAUGAUGAUAUACUUGCCAAGGAGGCAAAGCUCAAGAUAAAACGAGUUGAUCCAACAUUAGACAUGGAGGCAGAUGCAGGGGAUGACUACAUCCAUCUUCCUGAUCAUGGGAUUCUCCGUGAUGGCAGCAGAGAGACAACUGAUACUGAUAGUGAGUUGGCUAGGAGAACACUUUCUCAGGAUCUGAAUCGGCAUGCUGCAGUUGUUCUUGAAGGGAGAUCAGCAGAUAUUGAAUCAACUGAUACGAAGACUGUGGCUGAAGCACUUGCAAGGUCCAAGAAGGAACCACCUCCUAGCUCUGUUGCUGAUGAUGCUAGUCAUGAAAGAUUGGUAAAGGCGGCCCGCAUGACUGAGAUAGAGGAUCUGCAAGCUCCACGAAGUCUCCCAUAUGCACUACUUUGUAUAAAGGAUCCUAGAGAAUAUUUUGAUUCUCAGCAAGCAAAUGCUCUGAGACCUUUAGGUAGUAACGAUGGAAGAAAGGCCCGCAGCUGCAGCCUUAGUACGGAUGAUGCAUUCCGUCAUUUAAUGGAUCAAAUAUCUUCCGUGAAAAUGAACUGUCCGGUUGUUCAGUCAGAUGUUGCUCUAAAGGUUCUUAAUGAAUUGAAUGAAGGAAUUUCACGUUCACGGAGGCUUAAUCUUAAGAAUCCCCAAGACAGUCUCCUUGGCCGUCUUCCUCACCGAACACGGGAUGAACUUAUGGAUCAUUGGAUGGCUAUCCAGGAGUUGCUGCGCCAUUUUUGGUCAUCAUACCCAAUAACAACCACAGUCCUUUGUAAUAAGGUUCAACGGCUUAAGGAAGCAAUGACACAGAUAUAUCAGAAGUUACAGGAUAUAAAGGAAUCUGCACAGCCUGAUGUACGGCAUGAAAUAUCUCAACUCGUAAAGCCCAUGACGCAGGCGCUGGAUGCUGCAUUCAACCAUGAGCAUGACCAGCAGCAGAAAUCUUCAAAGGCCGGGAGCAAGCCUAAUGGUUUUUGAGCAGAGAACACCACCCAUAAGGAUUCAACCUGAUUAUUGCUAGAGCGUGUGAGGGCUACCACACCCACACCCGUGAGCUCUAGGCGGCAAUUGAAGAGGCACUUCUGGAGGAUUUGAUUUUGCCGUGUAUUUUUAUUCACACGUGGCACAUAAUAACAUGCUUAGUUGCAAAUUUUGCCCUGGACAUGUCGUAUCCCUCCUAGCUGUUUCAAGAUAGAAUCAUCAUUUUGGAUCUUCAUUUUAUUUUAUGGAUGGCCUAUUUGUUA